CACAGUUCAAACAGGAAAAAUGGCGGGGGCUUCUGAGUCGGCGGUCCUUUCGCCUCCGCUGGACGCGGAGAGAGUGGUCUGGACAGAAGACCCGACCUCGGUCCCCGCCACUUCCCGUGAGGACUUCCGGGUGCGCUGCACCUCGAAGCGGGCCGUGAUGGAAAUUCUGGAAUUGUGCAGCCCCUUCGUGCAACAGCUGGCGGACGCGCUGCCGGAGGAGAUUCGGGAGCCAGCGCUGCGAGAUGCGCAGUGGACUUUUGAAUCAGCUGUGCAGGAGAAUGUCAGCAUUAAUGGGCAAGCAUGGCAGGAAGCUUCAGAUAAGUCUUUCAUGGAUUCUGAUAUCAAAGUACUUGAAGAUCAGUUUGAUGAAAUCAUAGUAGAUAUAGCCACAAAACGUAAGCAGUACCCCAGAAAGAUCCUUGAAUAUGUCAUCAAAACCAUAAAAGCAAAACAAGAAAUUCUGAAGCAGUACCACCCUGUUGUACCUCCACUGGACUUAAAAUAUGACCCUGAUCCAGCCUCUCAUGUGGAAAAUUUGAAAUGCAGAGGAGAAACAGUAGCUAAGCAGAUGAGUGAAGCCAUGAAGUCCCUGCCUGCAUUAAUUGAACAAGGAGACGGAUUUUCCCAAGUUUUAAAGAUGCAGCCUAUUAUCCAUCUCCAGAGAAUCCAUCAAGAAGUCUUUUCCAGUUGUUCUAGGAAACCAGAUGUUAAACCUGAGAACUUGAUAACACAAAUAGAAACCACACCAACAGAGACUUCUCCCAGGAAAGCUACUGACAUAGUACUGAAAAGAAAGCAAACUAAAGACUGCCCCCAGAGAAAAUGGUAUCCAUUGCGGCCAAAGAGAAUUAAUCUUGAUACGUAAGUUCUUUUUCUUGAUCCUGGGAGUCAAAAUUAAGCACUGUCAACAUUUAUAUUACAGUCUAAUGCCCAGAAAGGACUUCAUUUAAAACAACAAGUAACUCCUUAGUGAUUUCUGUAUACAACUAUAGUAGCUCUGUGCUGGGAUAUGAUGUAAUAUUGUAUUUCUUUCCUCACCAUUUCAUCUAUAGUCGAUGAAAAUCAUAUUUUAAAAAGGAUGGCACAAAGCCCAUCAUUGGGUAUUAAGAGUGCAAACUUUGGCUGUUUUUAAAUGCCAUCAACUCUUGGUUGCCUUACAGCUUUUGUGGAAUUUCAUGAAUUUUUCCGGAUAUACAUCUUUCUUUAAAAAAGAGCUGUGCAACAGUUUAAGUGUUGAAAUGAAUCACCAGUUCUGCACAGGAACAAAUGCAGUUUCUUUGGUUUUUUUCCAGUGCAGUUUAAUUUAUUGAAUUAAUGUGCAGAUGAGCAAGACUGCCUUUCACUUUGUCACUCCAAAUUCAGCAAAUUUGGAUUUGUGGUAUUAAUUUUAGGAGGUUUUUGUUUGUGUUUUUGUUUUUUUAGUUUCAGGUGUAUGAAACAAUGUAAUAGUUAGACACUUCACCCAGCAAUUUUGUUUUUGUUUUGUUUCAUAAGACUAAGAAAGCUAUUACUUGUGUAAGACUUUCUCUUAGAAAUAAAAAUUGGCAUGUAGCCAGUGUUUCUUGCCCACACAUUUGUUUUCCAUAGACUUUUUAACUUUUACACAUAAUUUGACUUGGGACUAAUGGUUUCUUUUCAAGAUUUCUCAUUGUUUCUUUGUAGAUGAUUCCAGCUCAAAAAAUACAUAUAUAUCAGAUUAAUACAUUAACAAAUUGUCAUUGUGGAACAAAUAGAGAUGUUAACUAUUUUACAUUUAAAGAUGUUUCUAUGUCAAGGAUGUGAUCAUUGGUAGAAGUCUGAGAAAGCUAUAUUACCCAUACUUCUAACGUUUAACUACAGCUUCUUAUAGCUCUUAUUGUGUCUCUCAUUCACAUUAAUACAGUGUAGGCAGGACCAUCUAACUUAACAAGUGUUUCCCCUUUUGAUGACUGUAUAACUUCAUUCAUUUGCAGAGGAAUUUACUAAUCAUGAGAUUGGAAAAGCUGUAGUUCUCUUUUACUAAUUAUAAAUGUCUAAGUGUGACAGAAAGUCUGUCGCAAAAAACUUACAAAGACACUUUAUUGCAUUCUGUAUUUUAAUGUUACAGUUUGGGAUCUGUAUAUUUGUAUAAAGCAGUAUGUUUUUUAUUAAAAUAAUGUACAGACUGAAA